CUAGUCCACUUAUAUAUUGCAAUUAAGAAAAAAAUUAAAAUAAUGAGUGACAUGCGAAUUUCUAAGCGAUCGCGAGUGGGGUUGGUUAGUAUAAAUAGGGGAAGAUAAUCAUCAAUAAUUGACAGUACGUGGCCGAUAUACCGGUGACAUCACCUAAAAUCUGAAGACUUAAUCUGAUAGAAAAUGUCGAAGCAAAAGUUAUAUUUAUUGUUAGUUGUGUCAGUGGCUUUAUUUGCUACUAAAACUUGGGCUCAGGAAUCUCCUAAAGAAGAACAAAAAGAAGAACAACCGAUGCCAGAAGAAGGAGGAGAAGGAAAGUGUCUUGCACAUUUCGAUGAGUGCGAAGAUGACGACGAAUGCUGCGAUGGUCUAAUAUGUAAAAAUUUGUUAAUUAAAUGGGUGUGUGAUAAAGAGAUUGACACUGGAGGAUAUGAACCUGAAAAGAUUGAAGCUGGAGAACCUAUACCUGAAAAAUCUAAAUCUGAAGAACCUGAAUCUGAAACUGAGUAAUGCCAAUAAUUUAUUGUUAUUACAAAAUUUUUUUAACAGGUGGCUACUGAAAAAUUUUCAACUUUCGGGUUUUCAAAAUUAUUUACAUGUAAUAUUUUUGAAAAAAUUAUAUUUAA